AUGCAAGCGGUAACAAAACUCUUCAUAGUCUUUCUCGUUGUCUUCAUACUAUGGACUUUGUAUCUAGAGAAUGAUAUUACGAGUGUAAGUUAUUAAAAAUUUGACGGACAAGUUCAGAAAGUAUCGAUUUUUGCAGAGAGCACGCAACACUGACGACUUUCACGAUGUUCUCGAAGCAACGGCUCGAUUAGAGAGAUUGUUGCUCUUUGAGCAGAAAAAAGUGAAGGAACUGACGAAACAAGUUCACCAAUUGCAUGGAAAUCGAGCUCGGCGAAUUCGGAUGGAAGAAAUGGUGAGUUCACGCUCUGAAAACUGAGAAAAACUCCAAUUUUUCCUAGUCAGAGCCUUGACAGGUAGAACAUUUUUCAAAACUUAUUAUUUUAGCUGAAAAUCUCAAAAAUACAUAGUAUUCAUGUUCAUCUGGUUGAUGUAUUCGUAAAUGUCAACAUUUUCCAGGUUGCCCCGGAGUUGAAACGGUGGAAGGAACCGAUUCCCGUCCUGGUGAGUCAUUUCCCCUCUAAUCUCGUCAAAAAUCGAUACUCUCGCAGGUCUUCUCGUGCAAUCGAGCGAUGGCAGUGAGGGACCACAUUCAGAAACUCAUCAAGUACGUUUUCAACUAACAGAUUUGUCUUUUUCCUUCGAUUUACACUUGUUUUCUAUCCAGAUACCGCCCGAGCCAGGAGCAAUUCCCAAUCAUCGUUUCCCAGGACUGUGACAGCGAUGGCGUCAAGAAUGAAGUGAUGACAUUCGGCGACAAAGUGCAGUACAUAAAGGUACACCUUGCAAACUCUCAUCAACCCGUCAAAAAGCGCGCAUUUACAGCAUUUGGCCGGUGAUAAGGCGAAUAUUACGAUUCCACCGAGUCAUCGGCAGUACACCGCCUACUAUCGGAUAGCACGUCAUUACAAAUUGGCUCUCAAUCAUGUUUUUGUGGAUAAAGGGUACUCAUCAGUCAUUAUCACCGAGGGUAUGCGGAGAAGAAGUUUACGGAUAGGAUCGAAUGAGAAUUUGUUCAGAUGAUCUCGACAUUUCCCCUGAUUUCUUCUCGUACUUUUCAAAUACACGAUACCUGCUGGAGAACGACCCGAAGUUGUGGUGUGUGACCGCUUGGAAUGAUAACGGAAAGGUUAGUGGUUAUUUGUGUCUCCCGGACAAUCUUGCAACCGAAAAUUUCGAAACCGCGACGUAGAGACAAUACACAGAAAAUGUGUCAAGCUUUUGGUUUCAAAACGUCGAAGGGUUUUGCGACGUCCGGGAGCAAGUCGUUUGUGACGUAUGGACUCAAAAUCGUGUUUAUUCAGCCGGAGAACAUUGACAUAAACGCCGCCGCAAAUCUGUACAGGACUGACUUCUUCGCCGGACUCGGAUGGAUGAUGACUGCGUGAGUGGACUGAUAGUUCUAGAAUUUUCAAAUAACCAUCUUUCUUUUUUUUCAGGAAAACGUGGCAAGAACUGGAACCAUUAUGGCCAGUCGGAUUCUGGGAUGACUGGAUGAGAGACCCGUUGCGCCGGAAAGAGCGUCAGUGCAUUCGGCCAGAGAUCAGUCGUACCGGAAUGAUGUCGUAUGGAAAGGAAGGAGCCAGCAAGGGUCAAUUCUUCAGCAAACAUCUCAUCAAGAUCAAAGUCAACGACAAGUAUACGGAUUUCGCCAAACUCGACUUGGAUUAUUUGCUUCCAGUGAGAUAUUUUUAUGGUUACUCCUUCUCAAUUCUCAAAACGACUCGUUUCAGGCAAAUUUCCAGAAGAAGAUGAAGCACGACGUGAUGGAAGAAGCCGUUGAAAUGAAUAUCACCCAAGUUGCGUCUUUUGUGUUAAAGCGCGAGAAUAAGGGGAAAAGUGUUCGGGUAGUGUACGACGGAAACGUGGACUAUAUCAGGAAAGCUGACAAACUCCACGUCAUGCAUGAUUUCAAGGUAAGUCCCGUCCUAAAAUUUUGUGAAAAAAUGCGCAUAUUUCUUUAACUUUAAAUGUUCCAGGAAAACCCAAUUAUUUUAAAAAUUUACAGAAAAUUUGACUUUUCUGGGAUUUCUUCGUAGCAUUUUCUUAUAGUUCGUCAUAGCCGUGCGCUAGACAGGGAGGAAUCCGAAGUAUAAUCUCUUUAAUUUUAGGCGGGAGUUCCGAGAACCGCCUACGAUGGAAUCGUGACUUGCUUCAUCAAUGGAGUCCGCAUAUACCUGGUCCCCGACCGCACGAAGGUCCCAGGCUAUGAUCCAAACUGGUCCGUACCCGCAGCUUUUGGAGAGUAA